AGGAUGAGGUGGAGGGUGAUGAGGCUCAGCGGGUGGAGGAGACGGUGGAGCAGGAAGAGGAACGUUUGGAGGAGGUCAGCAGGAAGCUGAUCAUCAGGGAGGAGCAGCUGUUCAGUCAGGAGUCCGUCAGUGAGGGGGAAGAGGACCAGCUGCUGGGAGACCUGGAGACUCUCAGACUGCAGAUAAUAACGGCCAUCCACGACACCUUCACCUCUUCCCCCUCCUCCCCCUCCUCCCCCUCCUCCCUGCCCCUCCCCCCCUCCUCCAGGGCGAUGGAGGUCCUGAGGAGUGCUGUGGUUUGCAUCCAGCAGCAGGAGGAGCAGGACCGGCGCUGGACCGGGUUUCCUGCGGACAAAGUCCCAGUGUGGCGUCCCCAGAAGUUUCUGAGUACUCACAAUAAACUCCUGCAGAACAUGGUGGAGUCCAGACUGAUGAAGGCUGCUGAGGAGGAUUCUGAUGGUCUGUCAACUCCUCUGAAGAGGGAGGUGUGUCGUGUGGGGAGACGUGUGAAGGAGGACCUUCUGACUGUGGGGAGGUCGGUAGUGGACUGUUACCCUCCUCAAAUGGACAUCCUGAACCUCUACGCAGGACUUUACCAUCAGAGUUUCUCUGCUCGACUGAACCACCUCGCAGCUUCAGAGCUGGAAACAGGUGACUGCAGCUACCUGCUGCUCUGGAUCAACAUCUGCUACCCUAAUGAAAUACUAAAACAUGAAGAUCUGGAGGGGAGGAUAAAGACGGCCUGUCUGGGUUCUCUGCUUCAACUGGACCACCUUGAACGUCUGGAGGACCAGUACCUGACCCACAAAGAGGACCAACUGAAGUUGUGGCUGAACACAGCGCUGAGGAAAGAAGAGGAGAGCUGGCUGAGCGGAAAAACACCUGAACUCAUCGACCAAUACUGCUUCAGUCCACUGGCUAUAGAUAUCAUACAGGUGAUAGACGGAUCCCUGUCUGAGUUUAGCCGUGUGAUUGAAGAUCAGAUUAAAGCUCAGAGACUCACAGCUCACCUGGAGAGUUUCCUAACAAGCUACAGGAAGUGUGUGGAGGAGUUUGUGAAGGGGAAACACACAAACAUGCGCUCAGUGAUCAAAGCUCAGCUGGUCUGUGAGCUUCAGUUCAGGGAUUACAUCACAGGUCUAACAGGAAGUGUGUCGGAUCAGCAGAGACAGAGCUGUCUGGACACUCUGUCUGCCCUGAAGGAUUGUGGGUACAGGUGUCUCACCCGUCCCAGUCUCACGCAGCUGAAGGAGAGUUUGAGUCAGCUGUGGACGGCGCCCUGGAUAGACGGGUCACUUCCUGUCGUGGACUCUUUGCUGGACUCUGUGAACCAACAACUGAGUGACCUCACAGACCUGAAACCAGCCUGCAGAGAGGCAGUCUUGUCUGCCCUCCAUCAGGAUCUGGUCCGUCAGUAUGUGAAGAGGACCCUGAAGACCAGGACCAGCAGUCGAGCUCGGGAGGUGGGCGGAGCUCAGCGUAUGACUGAAGACGCUCAAAAGAUCAACGACUUCUUCAGCGAGGGGGGCUGCAGGGAGUCUAUGUGGCUCGGGGAGAUCCUCUGCAGACUGGCAGAGAUCCUCCGACUCCAUGAUCCAGGAAGUGUUCAGCUGGAGAUGGUCAGCCUGGCCAGAACAUACCCCGACUUCAGUGAUGCUCACGUGUCGGCGUUGCUCUCUCUGAAGACCGGCCUAUCAGCUGCCAACGUUCGCUCCAUCAGGCGGAGCGUGGAGGAGAACCGCCUCCUCAAUGCCCUGACCAAUCAGAGGCCUCCAUUCUUCUCUAAAGUCAAAGUUAAAUGGAUUAAUAAUAAGAUAAAUCAGAUGGGGCUGAAGAACUGAACUCUUCAUUGUGUUAGCAUGUUAGCAUUUAGCAUGACAGGACAGAAUCUGUAAACAUGGUUUAUUAGCAUGUUAGCAUUUAAGUGGACUGACUAUUUAAUUCUGUUUGUUAGCAUGUUAUUAGACGAUAUAUGUAAUCACCAUUAGUUAGCAUGUUAGCAUGUUUUUGGACUGAAUCAGCAGUCAGUAAACGCUCACAGUGUAUUCCAGUGUUUAACAGCAGACGGUAAUAAGCAACCAUUUUGAAGGAUGGACUGUUACAGACAUUUUUAGAAGACUUAAAAUCCCUCAGAAAGUAGUAAAGGAGGCUGAGUGAACCUGUUUCAUUGAUCCAGUCUGAUGUGGUGUACCUCAGGGUUCAUUCCUGGGUCCUCUUCCGUUCAGUUGAAAGUGAGUAUAAUAGAUCUCCUUCAAAGAGAAUUUGAAGUUUCUUGUUUUUUGUUUUUACAUUCAUAUUGUUAGUUCCUCCCUUAGAGUCACAAAGUGUCCAGAUGUUCAGUACUUACCGCGUGUUUUAAAACCAUGCAAUCCGUUAUUUUAUUGACCAAUAGUAUUAUAAAGUACAGAAGCCUUAAAAGGAGUUUUUAUACUACUACCUAUUUAAUCAGAGGUGUGUAGGAGAGGGUUGAACUCAUCACUACAGUGAAACUGCUGCACACUUUGUGUUGGAAACUCAAGUAUAGUUUCACAGUUUUAAAGAACAUUAGAAAGUUGUGCAAAAUAACAAACUAAUAUUUAAUGUGUACAUGAAGAAAUAAAUAUUAAAGUAUCAAACUGCAUGAUGAAAAUGA